AUGGUGAAAAGGAGGAUACGCCGGGCGGGGGAGGGGGGAGAAGCUGGGUGGGGGGCCACCAGGCGGCGCAGGAGACCACCAAACUUUCCUCCGACUGUUUCCUGGAGGGAGUUCAGGCACGAAGGCUACGGGAGCUGCCUCGCCACCUUGGCCGGGGCCGAUUACGGCCACCAGACCCCUGGGCACACGGCCUCACGAUCUCGUUGGUCCCCGGCGGGGACACGCAGCCCAAGGAGGCCUUGCCCACCCGCGGUGGCCGCCUCCGUGAGCCCCUCCCCCACGGCGCCCCGGGACCCCUCGCCCUGCACCUCGGGACCCCAGGCUCCAGGAUACUGUCCGCUCGGAGCUGAGCAGGCCUCGAGAAGGCCUGGCAAGAGAAAGCACGGCACAGCCCCCCCCCCCCCCAAGAAUUUCCCACCUUUUCUCCUGACCCAGACGCGGCCGGGGCGGACGGGACCUCUCGCGCUCUACCUUCUCUUCCUCCUGCUUCAUGGAGCCAUGCGUCUGGGUGGAGGCUCCCGAGAAAAGCCGAGUCCCAAGGCGGGUGAGGACGCCCGAAGGAGGCCGGCAGGAGGGCAGAGGAGGAAGCAGCGGGGCGGCGGCGGCCGGGGAGAACUAGAGGUAUUCCCGGGGCGGGUGGAGGACUGAGUCGAGUCGGGACCCGAGUCCUCCUCUAUCCCAGCAACCACCGGAGGCAGUGAGGUAAUGGAGGAAGAAUGUAGGGAGUCCUCCAGUGGACCAAACGUCCUCUAGCGAGUCGGUGAGAACCAUAGAGAUCCCGGAGCUCUGGGAGUACCGCCCCACUAGUCACGUGGCCUUAGUCCGCACAUUUUUGUGAUUGGCGCUGCUUAUCGUAUAGGCAGCUGCCUUUCGUUUGUGGGCGCCGAGUCUCAGGCAGGUGAUAGUGAGAGAAGCCCUCCGGGAAGACCUGGACCCUACUGGGGUCCCCUUGCGGGCGCGGAGCCCACCCAGUGCGGCUCACGGAUGUCAGGCCGGCCGGCGCAGGGUUUGCCGGGUCAGCCCGGCCAGGCCGCGGCGCAGAGCACGCCGGGAGUUGUAGUUCUAGUCGCGCGACAGCUUUGUCCUGGAGGCUGCAAGUGGCACUUGGAGCUGCAGCCUAGGGAGCUCCGGCCAUACCCGAGCGGUCGCCCACGUUAGCAACGCAAUUCGGAACUGUCAACGGCUUUUCUCCCCAGGCGCCCACGCUCACAUCACUUGGCCUGACCGAGUGUCCGCCUUCGAAAGUGGCUUGAAAGUGGGCAGCUUAGAUCAAGCCAAAGGCUGCCAGAACCAGGCCCACCGAGAGUGUUCCAGGCUGAAUGUCAGACUUGGCACCUGGCCUCUUUAGCUUCCCUUUGCGCUGUAGAAGGGCAGGCUGACUCAGCUUUAGGGGUGGCCCAGGCCGCAUCUACUCACGUCUGUGAUUCAUCACCAGAAGCCCCAGAUGACAUCAGUAGAAUACCCAUGUAUAGGAUUAGGCUAGGACGACUAAGCAGUCCCAGAAACUGAAGAGGCUUAAGUAGAAUGAGUGGGUUCCUAGCAUCCACAUGGCAGCUCACAACAGUUUGUAACUCCAGUUCCGAGAGAUCGCACACCCCUUCCUAGCCUCCCAGGCAUCACAUACAUGAGCUGCACAUGAACACAAGCAGACACAUACAUACACAUAAAUGUCUGAUUUUAAAGUCUAUUAGUACAUGUUUACUUGUAGGAAACAAAGCCUGAGGGAACGGAAUGUUCAGUGUUUUUGGAGUCAAGCUUUGAGAAUCUAGCAAAAGAUUGAGAAUCCAGCAAAAGAUUUCGAGAAAGAGUAACGACACCCUAUGCUUUAUGAAAAGGAUCUCUACAGCAGUCUUUAUAAUUACUAUAAACCUCACAGACUUGAAGUGCUUAUUGCUGUUGAGGGCAGGUUUGGCAGUGUCUGACUUUCCCUGUCUGCCUGAGAAACUGAAAACUGUAUGAUCAUGUGGCUUAGAGCCAGAAAGAAGGAAGCAGAAAACCAGAGAUGGGGGUGGUGGUUGUUGUUAUUGUUUGUUUUUGAG